CUCUUUUUCUUUUCUUUCUUCUUUUAUUUCCAAAAUACUAGUCUUCUAUAAAUAAUGGACGAAUUUACAAGACCUAGUGAAGAAGUGAUCAAACAAUGGCAAGACCAAUUGCUUGGAAAGUAUAUUCUUGAACCCAAUGAACCUCUUGAUGGUCUUACUGAAGACGAGGUUGUUCGGUCCAAUACGUUACGUCAACCUGUACAAGUCUUACCACCUGGUGCUCCAAUGAUUCGAAACCUAGUUCCAGGAAGAAUGAAUGUAUUCAUAGACGACAACAAAAAGACCACUCAAGUUUAUUUUGGUUAGAUAGUAUAGUUAGUUUAUGAAUGUAUAUAUACCGUAUUAUUACUAUUAUUAUUGUUAUCAUUAUUAAUGAUCGUAUUGAAAAAAAAGAAUAAAAUUUACCUCUUUAGUUAUAAUAUA